AUGCCCAGAACACGCUUGCGGAAGACUGAAAGAGCGCGGUCUGACAUAAGUAAAUAUAAGCAUGCUUAUGAAGAAGUGAAGCGCGGGACUUCUUUACGCAGAGCUGCGGAAAUGCAUAACAUUAACCGCAUGUCGUUGUUGCGAUACAUCCGCAAACGUGAUGAAAUGGGUGCGAAUCACGAUGAAGAUAGCAUCCAUAUGGGUUACGUUGCUCAUAAUAAAGUAUUUUCAAAGGAGCAAGAAGAAGAGCUAUCAAAAUAUAUCAUACGAUGUGCGGAUAUAUAUUUUGGUCUUGCUACAAAAGAGGUACGGAAGCUGGCAUUUGAACUGACAACUAAAUACAACAUAAAACGACCUGCUACUUGGGUUGAAAAUAAUAUGGCUGGUGAAGAAUGGUUCCGUUCGUUUAUGAAUAGAAACCCGUCCCUGUCUGUACGUGUAGCUCAGGCUACAAGCCUUUCAAGAGCUACAAGUUUUAACAAAACUAAUGUGGAAGCUUUUUAUGAUAAUUUGCAAACUGUUUUGGACAGACACACAUAUGAGCCACAGGAUAUAUACAAUGUUGAUGAGACAGGUGUCACUACCGUGCAAAGACCAGAUAAAGUAGUGGCAAGACGUGGCAUACGGCAAGUCGGAGCUGUUACAUCAGCUGAACGUGGUACAUUAGUAACAGUUGCUUGUGCAGUAAAUGCCUUGGGAAAUGCCAUACCUCCUUUUUUCAUUUUCCCGACAGUUCGUUAUCAUGAUCACUUUGUUAGUGGGAUCGAUUGGAACGGCAAAUCCUUCAGGCUGGAUGCUGGAUGA